CUCUCAAGCAGUGACACAAACAGGAUCCCAUGAAAUUCAUUUAAGCCUUUUCCAGGUUUUCACCCACAGCCAGGUAGAGGAGCGGAAAGGAGGCCAUGUGGGGUCACAGCGGUGAGAAAUCGCUAGAGGAUGAGUGUCCUGUGGUCACAGAGAGAUUCGCUUCAAGCUGCGGCGUCCUCGUGUCCCGUGUCCAGCUUGCCUGCUGCCCCACUCACUGUGCCUACCCAUGGCAGGGCAAGGAACUGCGAGUCCAUAGCACCACUCACCAAGAGCUGGAACCCCUCCAUCUCAUUGGUCACCACGAGAACAUCUCUGCUGUGAUUUUUGGAAAUGGGACGAAUCCACUCACCCUCUAUUCUGCUUCUAGAGAUUACAUCAUUUCAUGGGACAUUGAACGUUGUUACAGCAGUGCGGAAAAAGGUGUGAUAGCACAAGGCACGGUUAUUGGGACGCUGCUGGGCAAUGUUCACCACCUGUCUAUGUGUCCUGGCGACAAGAGGGCGGCAGCGUGCGUAGCGGACAAAAUAUACAUUCUGAGCACCAAGAAAGAGGAAGUUCUGCAGGUGCUGGAAGGACACCUGGGCAGUGUGACAUCUGCAGAGUUCUGCUCUUGGGAUGAAAACAUCGUCAUCUCUGUUUCGGAGGACAGAACUUUUGUGGUGUGGGAUUUGAUAAAGGAAGACAUAAUUUAUCAGUCUGCAGUACUUUCAGCAUUUCCAUUGCUCAGCUUGAAUCUUUGUGAGGAGAACAGGCAGCUCAUUAUUGGCUCUGCUGAUGAACAGGUAUGGUGUUUCACCCUCCCAGAUGACCACAAGUGCUGCUUGGUGAGCAAGACUGACCUCCACAAAGUGGCGCAGAGGCGCCAGAAGCUUUUAGAUGGCAAAACUGAGCAUGCAGGGCGACCCCAGAGGAAACACACAGAUGGCAUGGAGACGUCAAAGCCGGUGCUGAGAAUUGCAGCUUUCAGGCUGUGGCUCGAUUCCUCCGAAAAGCAGGACAGGAGCAGAAGCUGUUUCUGGAUGGGUAGCUACGAUGGGUUGUACCUCAUCAACAUGGCCACUUCUGAGCUCUACUCGGCACUCGUUCUUAGAGACCACACAAACUUGAGCAUCUCAAUGGCGGCAUCUUGGACCAUCGCUUACAGGGAAAAUGGAAAUGCGCUGUGCAUGGUGGCCUCUCUAUUUGAUCCCUGCGUGGCAUUGUUGGAGGUUCGGGUCCAUGGGCUCCUGGAUAGUCACAGCGGUCUCUCUGGGCUUGAGAAUCUAUCUGUGAUACCAAGUACACCGCCAAUGCCGGAGUCACCUUUGAAAGCAGAGCUAAUAAGGAAGGAUUCCCGGAACACUUCCAAAAAAACAGAUGUGAAAGGUGGCGUGAAGAAUCACCCUCUUGUCUUCCACUCCUGCAUAAAGUCAUCAGGAUACACAGCACCUAACCGAAGGACCAUGUUUAACCCUGAGACAAACAAGAAGAAUAAUCCAAGGCCUGUAAAGAGCAAGAAAACAAAUGGACGUCUCUUUGUGGACUACCCAGCAAACACUGCUGCACCAAGCGUGCUGCAUGCCCAGCUGAGUAUGGCCGACAGACCCACUCCUAUCUGCAGCCUUCAAUAUUCAGGGGAUGGAAAACAGAUCCUGUGUGGUCUCAGAGAUGGAUCAGCAUUGUUAUACAAGUCCUCUUUGGCUGAUGCCUCAACCAUUUAUACAGGUCACGAUGGCCCUGUGAGCACCGUGGGGUGGUGUCACAGCCGCCAGUGGUUCCUGACUGCGGCUGAGGACCGUACUCUCAAGGUCUGGCCCGCUGGGGUUCAGGAGCCUGCGCUUACUCUGGGCAGCGACCGAUUCCCCAUGCCGGUCAAGUGUGCUCAGUUUUUCUACCUGGACAAGUUCCUCCUCCUGGCUUCAGCCUCUACCUUGUACUUGUACCUUUACCACCUGGAUGUGGCCCGCGAUGACAUAAGAAGGUACCAGCAGAAGAGCCUGGUCAAACUUGCCGGAACUUUUCAGACCAGUACAGGGACCAACAUCACUUGUGCUACUGCCAUCAAUGAGUUCUACUCGUACAUCGUGCUGGUGUGUGGGAAGGACCGCUCUGUGACAAUAUUUGACAUGAACACAGGAAGCAUCUCUGCAUCCAUACCUGACAGCCACACGAAAGCGGCCCAUCAUAUUUCUCAGAACAAGGGUUCCAUGUUUUGCUCACAGGACGCGGAGAGUUACAACCUAUUCCUCACCAGUGCCAUAACAGAUGGAGUCAAGCUCUGGGAUAUGCGAACUCUCAGGUGUGCCCGUCGCUUUGAGAGUCAUCAAAAUCGAUGUCACCCCUGUACCGCUGCCUUCUCUCCCUGUGGGCGCUACAUAGCUACAGGCUCUGAAGAUAGCUGUGCCUACCUGUAUGAUAUCCGAAGCAGUGGCUAUCUGCACAAACUGCAGAGGCACUCGGAUGUUGUCCUAAACGUAGCCUUCAACCCCUCGGCUCCUGAGCUGUUGACUGGGACUCUGGAUGGGAAGCUGCAGCUGUUCAGACCCAGCGAUGGAGCCGCCGUCUCCGCAACUGGAAGUUAAAGCAGGAAAUCACGGCGAGGUGAAGGCUGAAUUCGCCUGAGUGUUGCUGUUUUUAUUUUUCAUUGCGUGCGCGUGCUUUGUAAACCGUUGAUGGGAUUUCUUAAAACGUCCACAAAGUAAAAAAAAUGACAAUUUCAAGUUGAAGUCUCUUUUACUAAAUCACAGUAGUGUUUUUUUUCAUAGACUUGUAAUUGGAAGGUUCCUAGUUCGAAUCCCUCUUCCCACUGAGGUGCCACAGAGCAAAGUUUUCGUCCUGGAUUGCUCUCGUAAAAAGUACAGAGUUUUAUGCAUGGGUGAAAAAACAUCUACAUUUUCGUUUACAUUUAUUCAUUUAGCGAACGCUUUUCUCCAAAGCGAUUUGCAAUGAAUACUAAGUAGUGCUCAGCUGACACUUUUUCAUCGAAAGUAACUUACCCUGCAAGAUACACUACCUAGUACACUCAUAAACACCGUAGUACAGUAG